GGCGUGAAUUUCCCAAACCCACCAUCUGGGUGAGCCCCAGCAGGGUGGUGGCGCUUGGGGGAAACAUCACCAUCCGCUGUGAGGGUUUGUACCUGGACUUGGAGUUCUUCCUGUAUAAAGCUGGAGACCCGAACCUGCAGGUGUGGACGGUGCCUGCAGGGAAAGUGGCUGAAUUUCCCAUUCCCAGUGUCGGCCAGGAAGAUGGAGGGAGCUACACCUGCGAAUAUCACUCCAUAACGGAUCAGAAUCGUUGGUCGUGUCUCAGCGACCCCGUCGAAAUCAUUGUAGCAGAGCCCAGCUACCCCAAACCCAGCAUCUCCCUGCUGAGACCCAGCUGGGGGGUCUCCCUGGGGGGAACCAUUAUCUUCCGGUGUCAGGGCCAGCGCCUGGGAAAGCGGUUCGUGCUGAAUAAAGAGCGACGCCAUUUCCCACCUGUGGAUUCGAUUGGGUUUGGGGCUGAGUUUCUCAUCAGCAACGUGCGUCGGGAGGACGGCGGGAACUACAGCUGCUCCUAUCAGAGCCAAUUGGAGCCGUUCGCUCUGUCGGACCCCAGCGACCCCGUGGAGCUGGUGGUAAGAG